GGUAAUGACAUGACAAAAUCUCAUAGUGCCACAUCAUCUCAUGGACCAAAGCUAUGGAAAGAUGUUAAAUUCCAAGACUAAUGUGGACAAAAAACAGUUCAAGGACCAAGUUGGAGAAAAUUACAAAAUUCAGGGAGUAAAUGUUAUAUUAUCCCUUUUUAAAUAACAUGAUUAACUAACAUAUAUUUUCAUUGGAUAUGAACAGAAAGCAAUAAUAAUUGGAUGAACUUGAAGGAGCUGUCUUUAGAGGGAAAUGAAAUUAAGAGCCUUGGGUCAAUAUUCCAUGGAAAAGAAGGAAUGAAGUUGAACAAACUUGAGGUACUUAAUUUAAGGUAUAAUCUCUUUAACAAUAGCAUAUUCUCAUCCCUUGUUGAGCUCUCGAAUUUGAAGUCAUUGGAUUUAUCAUAUAACAAACUGAAGGGGGCAAUAUAUACAAAAGAUUUAAAUGCUCUCAGCAAUUUAGAGGAGUUGAUCUUAUCCGAUAAUGAAGUGAAUGGAUUUAUUCCAUCUCAAGGGCUAAGGCUGAUGAAUUUGAAAGUUGUUGAUUUGAGUGGUAAUGAUUUCAACAAUAGUAUAUUGUCAUCUCUUGCUACACUUUCAAAUCUAAAGAAUUUGAGUGGUAAUGGAUUAAUAGAUAUGAAAGAUUUAAAUCGCCUGAGUAAUUUGGAGGAGCUGUAUAUGGCCUGCAAUCCAGCUAUAGAUGCAGAUGCAGGUUGUAGCUUCUCAUUACAGUCACUGGGCUUAUUCCCCACUUUAAAGACUCUUUCUUUAAGAGGAUUUAAUAUUAAUGAAACUAGAAUGGCUUCUUAUUCCCACAAUAACUUUACUUCAUUGAAGCGUUUAGAAUUGUGGGAUUGUAAGAUCAAUAAAAAUCUCACUCGAGAAGAAGGCCUAAAUUUGAGAAGUUUGGAAGAGUUGGAGUUGUAUGAAUCAUCUUUACCUUCAAACUUUAUUCAAGUUUUUGGACUACUCAUUUCUCUUAAAAAAUUGACCGCCUAUGGUAUUGAUGGUAACAACACUCCACCUAUGCAUGAUGUUUGUGAAUUGACAAAUCUCCAAGAGUUGGAUAUCAAUCACUAUAAUCUAAGGGGUAGCUUACUCAUGUGUUUCUCCAACCUCACCUCCCUUAAAAAGUUAUCUCUCUCUUCCAAUCAGUUUUCUGGAAAUAUAUCUAUCCUUGAGAGCCUAACAUUACUUGAAUCUUUGGACCUCUCUUUUAAUCUAUUCUCUGGAAAUAUAUUUGCCCUUCAGAGCCUAACAUUGCUUGCAUCUUUGGACCUCUCUUUUAAUCAAUUUUCUGGAAAUAUACCUGCCCUUCAGAGCCUAACAUUGCUUGAAUCUUUAGACCUCUCUUCUAAUCAGUUCUCUGGAAAUAUAUCUGCCCUUGAAAGUCUAACAUCCCUCCAAUCGUUGGAUGUUUCAAACAAUAAAUUUUACAUCCCAAGCUCAUUAAGACCCUUGUCCAACCUUUCAAAACUCAAGUACGUCUAUGCAGAUAACAACACCAUACAUGCUGAUGAUCAAGAGAUGUCGCAUUCUUUGGCUCCAAGGUUCCAAUUGAGUUCCGUCAGCUUAUCUUGUUGUGGAAGUGUUGGGUCAUUUCCAAAAUUCUUGUACCAUCAAAGUGAAUUGCAGAAGGUUUCUCUCUCAGACAUAUAUUUCAAGGUGGAUCGAUUUCCAUUUUGGUUGUUGGAAAAUAACACGAUGCUAGUGACCCUGAAUCUCGUGAAUUGCUCUCUAUCAGGGCCUUUUCAAGUGCCAUCGCGUGUGCAUUCUACUUUAUCACAUUUGGAUAUAUCCAACAAUGCCUUCGGUGGCAACAUCCCAGUAAGAAUGGGUGCACACCUACCAUUUUUGGGUUAUUUGAACAUAUCAAGGAAUUAUUUCAAUGGCAGCAUUCCCUCUUCAUUUGGUGAUAUGAGUUCCCUACAAGUUUUGGACUUAUCAAACAACCAAUUAUCUGGAGAGAUACCUCAGCACAUGGCUAUGGGCUGUUCUUCAUUACAAUUCCUUGCAUUAUCAAAUAACAAAUUACAAGGAUCAAUUUUCUCUGGAAAUUUUAAUCUAACGAGCUUGUUAGAGCUCGAAUUAAGUGGAAAUAACUUCACUGGGAUGAUCCCAAAUGUCUUAGCUAAUUGCUCUCACUUGUAUAUACUAGAUCUUAGCAAUAACUAUAUCUAUGGUGAUGUCCCAAGUUGGAUUUGGAAUAUGUCAGAGCUAGCAGCAUUGGAUGUGAGCAGAAACCAACUCUUUGGUAGGUUGCCACAAUGGAGGGGAAAUGCUUCGAAUUUGGAACAAGUUGCCAUGGCAGAUAAUCAACUUGAAGGUUCAAUACCAAGGGCAAUUUGUAGUCUCAAUCUCAAACUUCAACUUUUGGACCUUUCCAUGAACCAUUUAUCUGGGACUCUACCAUCUUGCUUCAAACCGGUGUCGGUGAGGGAAGUUCAUUUAUUUAAAAAUAAGCUACAAGGAGUGUUACCAAAUGCUUUUCAUGAUAGCUCUUCGUUGGUGACGUUGGAUCUCAGCUACAACCACUUGAAGGGUAACAUUCCAAAUUGGGUUAGCAAUCUUUCUGAAUUAAGUUAUCUUCUCUUAAGGAGAAACCACUUUGAGGGUGAAAUUCCAAUUCAAUUAUGCAAGUUGGAUCGUUUAAGCUUGAUUGAUCUUUCUCAAAACAAUCUCUCUGGUGCUAUUCCUUCUUGUUUAAAAGUUUUUGCGCUGAACUAUCUAACUGAGCAAUAUAUUCCGCAUUAUAGUAUUUAUUCCGGUAUGAAUAGCUCGAUGUCCAUUGAAGUUCCAAUAGAAUACACAGUAAAGAGCAGAUCCUACAAUUACAAGAGAAGAAUGCUUCAAUACAUGUCUGGAAUUGAUCUCUCCUGCAACAAGCUUACGGGUGAAAUUAGUUUUGAAACAAAAAACAUUAUGAAACUCUUCACAUUGAACCUUUCUCACAAUAGCUUGACCGGACCUGUGCCACGAGCAUUUUCUAACCUCAUGGACAUGGAAAGCCUAGAUCUUUCCUACAACAAUUUGACAGGGAAUAUCCCCGCCGAAUUUGCUGUAUUACAUUUCCUGGAAUACUUCAAUGUGUCAUACAACAAUUUAUCUGGAAAGACACCUGAAAGGAUUGGACAGUUGGGAGCAUUUGAUGAAAGCAACUACGUCGGGAAUCCUUUUCUUUGUGGCUUAUUGGUGGGGAAGAAUUGUUCGCCCGUGGAAACACCAUUGACACCCAAGGCUUCGGCUGGCAACAAAGAAGACCAUGGUUUCAUUGAUAUGGAUGCCUUCUAUGCAAGCUUCUUCGCAUGUUACGUGAUGGUGCUAUUGUGUAUCGCAUCUGUUUUGUACAUAAAUCCUUAUUGGAGGCAAGCAUGGUUUUACUAUAUACAAAUGGCCGUUGAUUCCUGCUACUAUUUUAUGAUAGAUAAUUUCCUCAGAAAUUUUUAUAGUGGAAACAUGUAGAAAAUUUUGUUGUGAAAUUUGUCGAUUGCAAUGCCAUGUUUAUAUGUAGCGACUGUGUUAAGACGUCGAUUUAAAGUGCUCUUAUGGAACUGAAUAAAAACUCCCAUAAGCCAUAUUCUUAGUUUCACUGCUA